UUCUCAGGCAAAAUUAAUUUCCCAAAAAGCAAAAGGAAUGCCACGGAUCUUGUUAGCCCUUCAUAAGCUCAUCAACAGUGCUGCUAGUGAGGAAAUGGCGAUUCUUUCACUUGAACUAUACAAUGGUUUCAAGGACACUGAGUGUUCACUUGCAGAAGAGAAAGGGAGCAAAUAUCACUUGCAAAAAGCUCUAGCUACUGAACAGGAGAAGAAUGCCGAUCUCCAGAAGCAAUUAAACAUGACAUUUUACUCAGGAAAGCACAAGUCACAGAAAAUAAAUGACAGAAAAGACCUAGGUUCUUCGUCUGCUAUAGUUUCAGCAGAGUCACCAGACAAGGAAGCUGCUUCUGACACAAACGCAAGAAAGGGAACUAACCGUGUUGUACCGGCAUACCGCAGGUCUAAAGUAAGAGGAGCUAUUUUAAAUGACACAGAAGAUGAUGCAUAGAAUUUCAAAGGAUCAUGGCAACAUGUCUUUGUAUCAUGUUCAUUACACAGUGUCACACGUUGAUAGUUCUAGAUAUCAACCGACGCUCAGUGGUUGGAGUACUGAGUCUUGCUGUGCGUUAGUGGAUUUUAUUUUUAAAUAGGAAAUGAAAAUAUCUCACAGGCAGCAUCUUCUGAUGUGAAUUUUAACUGCUAGUACAUCUUAUUGUGACAAUUUUUCUUGUCAUUUUUAAUCAUUUGUUAUUACUAGAAAUGAAAUUAGAACGAUCUGGACCAUCUGGAAUUGAUUUGUAUGAAAAAAUACAUUAGUAGCCUGCUUGAUUGCCAUUUUCAAAAUUAUAAAACUUGUCGUCUCUAGCUACUGUGGUUGUGGCUUCAUUGCUUAGCAACUGCCGGUACAAUGUUUUUGACUCAAAAUAAAUUCACCUUUCAAAUGGGAAGGUUUCAGGCCUGCUGACACUUGAGAUAUGAGCAUCUGGAUUUGCAGCAUUUCAUAUAUAAGCUCCUUGCUGUGCUUGAAUCAACUUUUGCAUGAUCAACUUUUGCAACUCUCCGAAUUUUUCCAGAACAGGCAGCCUCUCUGUCCUCUUGAUUUGUAUUUCUUCUCGCUGAAAGACAUUGACAAGGUAUCGAGUUAUUAUUAACUGAGCUGUACAAUUUUGGAGUUGAAAUAAGUACGAGAAGGUAUUAACUCUUUAAACAUUGAGGUUCUUUACGUUUUCAUCGAUAUUAUUUGCUUCCAUAGCCUAUUCAAACUAUGCCAAAAAGUGAUGACUCUACUGCUAAGAGCAAAGAUUGGGGAAAGCGUACCUGGUAAGAUUACUGAUAUUACUCUUUCUGAUGAUAUUUCUACUCUUCUGAUAAUCUGUUAUGGCUAAAUAUAUGAUCUUCCACCACUGUUUAUUUGCUUGUUUAUCAGGUCCUUCUCUUGAGUGCUUUCUCGUCUUGGCCUUCUUCUUCUUCCUCUUUGAACCGAGAGAUACAGGUAAGAACAUCUUUAGUAGGAACACUUCGCUCUCCAUGCUUUCGCUCCUGCAUAUUUGUUUAGUGUUGGCGCUUUUCGUUAUCAAGGGGGUUUUAUGCUUCACUUUCUCUUCAUCUGUUACCACAUCCUCCUUGUCUUGAUGCUCGACUAUAUCUUUGAGUGUCAGUUCAUAUGAAGAUUCAGGAAUGUCUUUGAGCAUCUCCAUGAGCUCCCUUUUUCCAUCAACGAUUGCCCUUAAACGGGAUGUUGGGGAGAGGCAGCUAUACUGGUGGUUCUCGGGAAGCAAAGUGGAGGUUUCCGGUCUUCUCCACAGUGGAGGAGAGGACGCUUCAACUUGAUCUUCUCCGCGCAUUUGGAAUUCAAACAACUCAUCCUCGCAGCAACGGUGACCAACCGAUAACCUCUCUUCCCAAAACUUGAAAUCGCUCGAUCUUCCCAUCAACUGCGUUUCGAUUUUGAUUUUGAUUUUGAUUUUGAUUUUCUUGAUGGAGAAUGAAGGGUGAAGGUUAUGAUAGGAGAGUAGAGGUAAAGAGUGGUUGGUGCAUUAAAUUAAACAUGAUUACAAGUCGAAUCUAUAUCUAUUUUGAUAAUAGAAAAGUUGCAAUUUUCUACAA